UUCGCGAGCGGCAACGCCUCGGCAUCUGCUGAGUUGCCCGACGACCGCUGAGCAAUUAACACGCAGUUCUAGUUUCUAGUUCGUCUCUCUCUUAUCCGGAAAUUUAGAACCCAAUAAGAACAGAAUAUAGAUCAAAAUGCUGCGCGUUUUGAAGACCGGUGCUUUGCUGCGUACGCAGACCAAGAACAUUGCCGCUGCCGUGGCCAAUUACUCCGCCCUGCCGCAGCCCCAAACCACGCCCGAAGUCCUCUACACCGGGCUGUUUAUCAACAAUGAGUGGCACAAGAGCAAAUCGGGCAAGACUUUUGGCACCAUUAAUCCAACCACAGAGCAGACCAUUGCCGAAAUCCAAGCUGGUGAUAAGGAGGAUAUCGAUAUUGCCGUGAAAGCUGCACGCAGUGCAUUCAAAUUGGGCUCUCCCUGGCGCCGUAUGGAUGCCUCGGAGCGGGGUCGUCUUAUCUAUCGCCUGGCUGAUCUCAUGGAGCGCGAUCAGGUCUACCUGGCUAGCUUGGAGACACUGGACAAUGGCAAGCCCUACAGCAUGUCCUACAAUGUGGAUCUUCCGACGGCCAUUAAGAAUCUGCGCUACUUUGCUGGUUGGGCGGAUAAGAAUCACGGCAAGACUAUUCCCAUGGAUGGAGAUUUCUUCACCUAUACCCGCCAUGAACCCGUUGGUGUGUGUGGUCAGAUCAUUCCCUGGAACUUCCCCAUCCUGAUGAUGGCCUGGAAACUGGGUCCCGCCCUGGCCACUGGCAACACAAUUGUGCUAAAGCCUGCGGAGCAGACCAGUUUGACGGCCCUGUACAUUGCCCAGUUGGUGAAGGAGGCUGGCUUCCCGGAGGGUGUGGUCAAUGUGGUGCCUGGUUUCGGAGCAGCUGGUGCUGCCUUGGCUAACCACAGUGAUGUGGACAAGGUGGCCUUCACGGGAUCCACUGAUGUUGGAAAACUCAUCCAGCUCGCCUCGGGCAACACGAAUCUGAAGAGAGUCACCCUGGAGUUGGGUGGCAAGUCGCCGAACAUUAUCCUAUCAGAUUCCGAUCUGGACUACGCUGUGGAGACAGCUCACUUUGGCCUGUUCUUCAACAUGGGACAGUGCUGCUGUGCGGGAUCUCGUACUUUUGUGGAGGACAAGAUCUACGAUGAGUUUGUGGAGCGCAGUGCGGAGCGUGCCAAGAAACGCACCGUGGGCAAUCCCUUCGAUCUGAACACUGAGCAGGGUCCCCAGGUCAAUGAGGAGCAGAUGGAGAAGAUCCUAGGAUUGAUUCAAACUGGCAAGAAGCAGGGUGCCAAGCUGGUAGCCGGUGGCAGUCGCCCGGAAGGUCUGCCCGGUUACUUUGUUCAGCCCACCGUCUUUGCUGAUGUCCAGGACAACAUGACCAUUGCCCGUGAGGAGAUCUUUGGCCCCGUUCAGCAGCUGAUUCGCUUCAAGAAACUCGAUGAGGUGAUUGAGCGAGCCAAUAACUCGGACUAUGGUCUGGCUGCCGCUGUCUUUACCAAGGAUCUGGACAAGGCCAACUAUAUUGUGGGUGGUCUGCGUGCUGGCACCGUUUGGGUGAAUACCUACAAUGCCCUGGCCGCUCAGGCUCCCUUCGGUGGCUACAAGAUGUCUGGCCAUGGACGUGAGAAUGGCGAAUAUGCCUUGUCCAACUACACGGAGGUCAAGAGUGUUAUUGUGAAGGUGCCACAGAAGAACUCCUAAGAAGGGAGGCAUUAUACCCUCCAAGAGGGAAGUCCAUAAGGUUUGUCAUGUUUAGGUGAUCUAAAUACCGGCGAUAACCUCUAUAAUCUACAUCUCUAUAUAUACGCACAUAUAGAUCCUUUGGAUAUUGUAUUUGUCUGCGAUCAGUCUCUGUUUCUUUCCAUUCGGUUAAUACAGUUUAAGUUUAAUUUGAAAUAAAGUUUUGCGAAGAA